AUGUCCGGUGGGAUCGAGGAGCCAUAUGCGAUUGCAUCUCUGCCGACACCCUUCGAUGCAGAGAAAGGACGAAUUCUCGCCGCUCCCAUACACAGUAUCUCUGGCUCGAGGAAGAGAAAGCGUCAUGAGGUCGCUGUUGGCAUUGACGGCGAGAGUUUGAACAUCUACAGCAUCCAGAAUCAGAGUACUGUCAGCUCAUACGCCCUGUCACCGCAAUCGUACCUCGCCGCACCGCCAUGCUCCAUCUACUGCAAAAGAGCAAAGCCAACCCAACCCCAACGGAGAACAUACCUCGCUUUGCGCGAUGGGGUCACAAGCUCCAAAGCUCGACUGGUGAAUAUCACCGAAGAGCUAGGGAAGCUGAGGAGUGAGGAGCGCGAACCUAGAGCACCGGCCAAAAGAGAGCGCAAGCUGCGACACAGCAACAUUUCGGGACUGGAAGUUGUGCAAUUUGGCGAGGAUAUAGACUCGCCCAGUAGC